AUUUUUGUAAUUUAUUCUAAUUUACAAUAAGCUAAACGUUAAACAUUUCAAUACCGUCAACAAGUGAUUAAUCAUGGAUGACACAUUAUCAACGGUAGAAGGCGGGAUGACGGAAACAUCCUCAUGGAGCACCACGAUCGCCACCACCACCACUACAGAGGCCGCCAAGGCGGGUAGCAUGGCUGUCGGUAUUAUUGUCCUGAUCGUUGUUAUGGUGCUCCUCUGCUGCCUGCUCAUCAUCUGCCUGCCGCUCCUCUGCCUGUGCGGCUGUUGCGGACUCGCCUGCUCCGCGUGCCUCGCUUGCGACGAAGGAUGUUGUGGUGAAGGCGGCGGCGGUGGAUGUUGCGGCGAUGACGGCGGUGGAUGUUGCGGCGAUGGCGGCGGGUGUGGCGAUUGUGGCGACGGCUGUGGGGACUGCACCUUGGACGAUGAUUAAUUCGGCGAUAAUUCAAGUUUCUAUUAAUAUGUACGUAGUGCUAGGAUAUGCGAUUCGAAAGCCUAUAAAUUUAAUGUGCUCAGGUACAGAUUCGUUAGGAGCAUCCGUAUGCUCAUUGGCAAAAUUGUUGUCUAUUCAUAAAAAAUAAAAAAAUCUAGCUUAAUUUUG